AUGGCAGAAAUGAAAAGUGAGAUUGAAGAGUUAAAGGGCAUUGUCCGAGACUUAGCUGGAAAGAAGACAAGUAAUGGUGAUUCUGAAGCAUUUGAGAGUAAUGGUGGAUUCAAAGAAGGAGUUAGAGUAGAAAUAUUGGAUUGGAUUCAAUUAGGAGAUGUAGUUGUUGGUGAAGGAGAAUUCUGUUCUGCUGAACCGAUGUACAAAAUUGGUCGUAUACCAAUUUGUCCUAAUGCAAUGGCUGUCCUUGUUAAGUCUGCACUAAGCUCAGAAGCUUCUCUCUGGAGGCCUACAACAGAUGUGUUAUAUCUUGAGGAAGCUGUGGGAUGCAAAAUACCUUGGCCAAUGGACAAGGUGCUUUUGUAUAAGGAUCCAGUCGCUUCUGAAAAUGUAUCCAUGCAAAACAAGGAAGGUGAAACUCGAAGAUGCAAAAUAUAUGAUUGGACUAAUGAAGACGAUGAGGUUAUUGCUGAAGGUGUCGUGUGCUCAUCUAACUCCAAAGAGAAGGUUAACAAUAUACCUCUAGGUCCAAGUGCUGUUUGUAUUGAAGUUGUGAAGGUGUUCAAUGAUAAUGCUCAUUUGUGGAGGCCAACUACUGAUAGUAGUUUAAUUGGUGAUGCAAUUAACGAGAAAAUCGCAUGGCCAGUCCUAAAGAUUGACGUCACGGCUGCAACCACUACAGAUGCAACACUACCUAAAGCCCAGAGUCCAGGCAGCAAUAGUUCCACCAAAAGUCCAAAGCAGAAGUGUUUUCUUUUAGGUUGCAGCAACUCUGGCCGUAAGGUAGCUGAAGGAAGAGUAGUUUCAACAGAUCCGAACGACUCGUGCCAUCAUGUACCUCUAGGUCCAAAUGCAAGCAAGGUCUGGGUUGAAGUGGCUAAGAUUGGUAAUGCAAAGGUUUGGAGGCCAAAUUCAGAGAUUGAAUACAUUUCUGAUGCCAUAGGUUCAAUUGUAGCAUGGCCAAAUGAUAAAAUAAAGUUUGUGUGA